CGCGGGCGGGGGCCCCCUUUUCUGCGGGGUGCGGCGAGGGGGACCCGCGUCGCGCGUGGGCGUGGACGGGGCGGCUGCGGGCGGAUCCGGCGCUGCGUGGGCCGGGUCCGGAGUGACCCACCGCGCACCGGGGGCUCGGCGCUGCCCAGCGGGGGCCCAGCGGGACCCGACCGGUCCCUGCCCGCAGCCGGGGUACGCCCCGGAGCCGCCCCCGGCGAAGCACAAAGCGGCGGGGCCGGUGCGGGGCCGGUGCGGGGCCGGCGCGGGGCUCAUGGAGGGGCUGCGGGCGCUCUGGCUGCUGGCGGCGGCGCUGGGGGCGGCGGGGGGACACCCGCAUCCCUGCCGCGUCCCGACCCCCCCGGGGCCCGGCCCCGGCCCGAGCCCCGGUCCCGCCGUGCGCCUCGGGGCGCUGCUGCCGCCCGCGCCCGCCCGCGCCCGGCUCCGCGCCGCGCUGGCCCGGGCCGCCGGUACCGGCCCCGGGGGGGACCCCGGCGGGGCGGCGCUGCCCCACAACCUCAGCCUGGAGGUGGUGGGGGGCGGCCCGGCAGCGAGGGACCCCGGCUCGCUGGCGCGGUGGCUGUGCGGGGCUCUGGCGGGACGCGGCGUGGCCGCCGUCCUGGCGCUGCCCCGCUCCCGCCGGGAGCUGCUCCAGCUCGACUUCCUCGCCGCCGCCCUCCAGGUCCCCUUCGUCAGCAUCCUGGACACCCGCGGGCCGCUGCCCUUCCGAGCGCAGAGCCCCUUCCACUUCCACAUGGACCGGCAGAGCUCACUGGAGACUCUGGUGGACGUGCUGGUGAGCAUCCUGCAGGCCAGUAACUGGCAGGAGACCAGCCUGGUGCUCUGCCACCCCUGGGACGUCGCCGGCUUCCUCGACCUCUGGGCCCAACGCUCCCAGCUCUUCCUGCGCACCGUCCUGGACCUGGGCUACCUGGAUGAGCCCAGGGCCACCCGCUACCUGCAGCAGCACAGGGAGCAUGUCAGGACCCUCUCCAGCCCGGUGCUGGUGCUGGGCUGCGACUUGCCCCGUGCUCGGCUCGUCUUCCAGGCAGCCGAGGAGUCGGGGCUGCCACCACAGGAAUUCCACUGGAUGCUGGGCUCCCCGCUCGGCGCCAACGAGCUGCAGACCGAGGGGCUGCCCCCGGGGCUGCUGGCCUUCGGUGAGGUCAACCGGCCGCCGCUGGAGCUCUUUGUUCAGGACGCGGUGGGAUUGGUGUCCCGGGCCAUCGCCCGCGCCGCCCGCGGCCACCCCGACCCCGCCCUGCUGCAGACCACGAGCAACUGCAGCGAGAGGCACCGGGCGGGUGGCGAGUCCCCGGGGCUGUUCCUUGCCAGGUUCCUGGCCAACACGUCCUUCCGUGGUCUGACGGGGCUGGUGCGUGUGGAGAAGGCGGCGCUGGUGCGGCCGGAGCAGCAGUUCCAUGUCUGGAGCCUGCGUCGGGACUCUCGGGGGGACCCCACCUGGGUGACGGUGGGCACCUGGAGCCAUGGCAAGCUGGAGCUGGAGGAGGGCAUGUGGCAGAGCCAGCGGCAGCACAAGAGCCCCAGCGAAGCAGCCGGGGGGGCCCGCGCGCGGCUGCGCGUGGUGACGCUGGUGGAGCACCCCUUCGUCUUCACCAGGGAGGUGGAUGAGGAAGGGAACUGCCCGGCCGGGCAGCUCUGCCUGGACCCCGGCACCAACGACUCGGCCGUGCUGGACACCCUCUUCGAGGAGCUCGGCGCCGGCAAUGGCUCGGUGCCGCGGGCGUACAAGAAGUGCUGCUACGGGUACUGCAUCGACCUGCUGGAGAAGCUGGCCGAGGACAUGGCCUUUGACUUCGAGCUCUACAUCGUGGGCGAUGGGAAAUACGGGGCCUGGAAGAACGGGCGCUGGACGGGACUGGUGGGGGACCUGCUCAGUGGCACAGCCCACAUGGCCGUCACCUCCUUCAGCAUCAACUCGGCGCGGAGCAAAGUCAUCGACUUCACCAGCCCCUUCUUCUCCACCAGCCUGGGCAUCCUGGUGAGGACCAAGGACACGGCGUCGCCCAUCGGAGCCUUCAUGUGGCCCCUGCACUGGACCAUGUGGGUGGGCGUCUUCGUGGCACUGCACAUGACGGCACUUUUCCUCACCCUCUACGAGUGGAAGAGCCCCUAUGGCAUGACCCCCCACGGCCGCAACCGCAUGAAGAUCUUCUCCUACUCCUCAGCCCUCAACCUGUGCUACGCCAUCCUCUUUGGGCGCACUGUCUCCAGCAAGACACCCAAGUGCUGCACCGGCCGCUUCCUCAUGAACCUCUGGGCCAUCUUCUGCCUCCUGGUGCUCUCCAGCUACACGGCCAACCUGGCGGCCGUCAUGGUGGGGGACAAGACCUUCGAGGAGCUCUCGGGCAUCCACGACCCAAAGCUGCAUCACCCCUCGCAGGGCUUCCGCUUCGGCACGGUGUGGGAGAGCAGUGCCGAGGAGUACAUCAAGAAGAGCUUCCCUGAGAUGCACGAGUACAUGCGGCGCUACAACGUCCCCACCACCCCCGACGGCGUCACCAUGCUCAAGACAGAGCCCCCAAAACUCAAUGCCUUCAUCAUGGACAAAUCCCUGCUGGACUACGAGGUCUCCAUCGACUCCGACUGCAAACUGCUCACCGUGGGCAAACCCUUUGCCAUCGAAGGCUACGGCAUCGGCCUCCCCCAGAACUCGCCGCUGACCUCCAACGUCUCCGAGUUCAUCAGCCGCUACAAGUCCUCGGGGUUCAUCGACCUCCUGCACGACAAGUGGUACAAGAUGGUGCCCUGUGGGAAGCGCGUCUUCGCCGUCACCGAGACCCUGCAGAUGGGCAUCUACCACUUCUCGGGGCUGUUCGUGCUGCUGUGCAUCGGGCUCAGUGGCUCUCUGCUCACCUCGCUGGGCGAGCACGUCUUCUACCGCCUGGUCCUGCCCCGCAUCCGGCGCAAGAAGAAAUUCAACUACUGGCUGCACACGAGCCAGAAAAUCCAUCGGGCUCUGAACAUGGGCACGGAGGAGAGGAAGAGCCAGCAGCUGAAUUUGGAGCAGAGGGGUGAGCCCCAGCCCAGGCCGGCACCGGCAGCAGCACAGCCCUGGAGUGCCCUGCGGAAGGAGGCCCGGCGGGUGCGAUUCCAGCUGGACAAAGCCCCCCCCGAGGGUGAGGGGUCCCCACGGCACCCCGGGAACGGGCAGGCACCGCAGCCCCCGGACAGGGCAGCCAGCGAGAGCGAGCUCCGGGAGCUGGAGGAGAAGAUCCAGGAGAUGCGGGAGCAGCUGCGCGCGGCCCUGCUGAGGAAGAGCGAGCUGGUGGCCGUGCUGGGCACAGCCAAGGGUGGCCGGGCACUGCCCGCCCUGCUGGCCCCCGAGGAGCCCCGGGAGGAGAGGCCCAGCUCAACCCCACCGCAGGACGGCAGCGAUUAGGAGGAGGAACAGGAAGGUCCCACAGAGAGGGGGCAGCAGGACAGGCCGGGAGUGAAACCUCCCUCUGGAGAGAAAGCUCCAGGGCAGCAAAGCCGGGCUGAUCCCAGAGCACCACAAAGCAGAGCCGGAGUCUCCCUCGGGCAGAGGGAUGGAGGUGCCACCCAGGGAGCGGGACAGACUGUGCCUCGGUGCUCCCCUCCCUCCCGAGGACAUGGAAUAACUCCCCAUCCCUGUGGGUGGCCGUGGAAGGACUCAGAGCCCCGCGGCGGGGACGGGGCUGCUGUUCGGCCCCAGCGCUGCCACCGCCCCCCGCCCUGCCAGGGGACACGGACGUGACACCCCCAGACAGCGACACCCGGGACGGGGGGGCUCCCCCAGGAUCCAGCAUUCACCCCCUCCCCAGGACCCCGGCGGGAGCCCAGGACACGGGACAGGACGUGGGGCAGAGCUGCAGGAGCUGUUAGAGAUAAUAUUUAUUAUUAUAUACAAACACAUUUUGUACAUUAAUUAAAUAGAAUGAACUCUA